AUGAAUUCGCACAAUCCAGAGAAGACGACGACCUCUUCGCCGACGAAUUUGAGCCCGUCGCUGAAUCCACUGAAAUCGCACAACCCACUCCACCUACAAAAAACAAACACCAACCCCACCCCACCUCCAACAGCUCCCGCAAAGAAUGGCAGACCAGCCCAGGAGAAACGUCCACGUGGCGGUGGACGAGGAACAAAUGGUCUGAACCAGUCUCGAUACGCGCCCCAGACCGAAAGUGCAGCACCAGCACCAUCCCAAGAUCUCUCUACCCCCGCCGAAGCACCCACCCUGCCUCCCAAUCAAUCCCCCGAAUCAACACAAGCACCAGCACCAGCACGCACCCACGCUGUACGCGGCGACCGCUCCCUAACCGGCGGCACCCUCCCCAAGAAACUCACCGAAGAAGAGCUCACAGCCAAGCUAGCACAGAUGGCGAUCCUGAACGCGCAGAAAUCGGAAUCCCAUCGCAAGUCCGAGGCUGACCAAGCCGCGUUCCAGCACCGCGAGAAAGAGCUGAAGGUGAAGAAAGAAGAGGAGCGCAAGAAUAGCCGGCAGAUGGAGAUGGAGCGCGCGAAGAACCGCCAGAGGAAGAUGCAGGCGCAGGGCGGCAGGGAGUGGGAUAGUGAGAAGGUGGAGAGCGAUAUUGUGGAUGGGAAGAGUAGGGGAAGAACGAGCGAGUAUGUCAGAGGUGGGCAUGGGGGUGUUGUUCGCGGACGGGGUGCGGGGUUGGCAGGGAGUCAGUUUGCGGAUGAGGAGGUGUUGGGGGAUGGGCCGUCGAGAGGGCGAGGUGGGUUUGAGAGAGGAGGACGAGGGCGUGGAAGGGGUGGUCGUGGUGGUAGGGGAGGUGGCCAGUCUGCUCCAGCAGUUGAGGAUUUCCCUUCGUUGCCUACACCAAGCAAAGCUGAAGAGAAAGCCAAAUCACCUUCGCCGAGCAAGGUAGAGGCAGGUGAAACGCUGACGCCGAGUAAAGAGGAAGAUGUCAAGUCGCCUGCCGGUGAAAAGUCUGCUCAUGAUUGGGCCGAAGAGAUGGCUACACCCGUGGAGGAAAAGAAGCAGGCCGAGUUUUUGGACAAGACGACUGUUUAG